AUGUGUGCGGGGACGCUGUGGGCAUCCCACCCUGACUUCUUUCUCACAGGGAGGCCGAGGGACCUUGCCUCAGGCGUCCACACACGCUCUGAGGUAGCAGACCGCCUCCCCGCGCACGACGGCGCCAGGCGCCAGGCGCUGAGCCGGCAGAGGCGGGCCCCCUCAGCCCCGGCGCUCGCCGCUCAGGACGCCGCCGGGCCGCUUCCUCCCUCAUCCACGCCUCCCGCUUCGCCCAGGCUGGUCAGGGGGGAGAAGGCUUUACCCGGAGCACGGUGUUGCUCUGAACUCAGGGCCCCUUGGGCUCGUUCGGCUUCCGCGCCCCUGUGCGGAACGACUCUGGCUCCCCGAACCGCGCCGUCGCGCCGGACGGGCUGGCGCGGCCCCCACGGGUCCCCGGGGUGGGGAGGGGGGUGGGGCGAAGCUCUCGGGGGUUGUGUGAGCCUCCGCCAGCGUCCGACAGAAGGCUUUCUGGCCCUGGGGGAGGCUGCCGCCGAGUGGGCCUCCUCCGGGGUGCUCCCUCACGCAGCUGAGGCGUUCGCGCCUUGCGCUGUGCUUCUCGGUGUCAGGACGGCUUCCCUCAUCACGGCACCGAGCGUGGCGUGCGGGGCAACCGCGCUGCCCCCGACGUGCUCCGCGGUGGCCCUUGCUGCGGCCUUCCACCCUCUGCCCCGGCCGCCCCGGCCCGCCCCGCAGCCCCGUCUGGGGCAGGCGCUUCCAAGCCUGGGUGCCCCAAGGCGGGUGCCGCCGUCCUGCCCUCUCUGCGGGAGCCGACCGGGGGCCAGUGUCAGGCUGGCAGAAGAGGGGCUGCUGUCAGCAGGACUCCCGCGCUCUGAGACUGGAGUGGGCGCCUCCGUGGGUCCUGCGGUCACAGUCGCGGCAGGAGCCGGUUUCGACGCCCUCGACGUCCUCCCACCCGAAGGCCGGGCACCUCCCUCGGGCGGCCGCACGAACCGGCCGGCGCGAGCCCGCCUCUCGUCCCGAGAGAGCGGCCUGCCCGCGAAAGGCAGCUCGGCUUCUGGUUUGUUCCCUGGAGGUAAGGCUCUGGGUCUCCCUCGCGAACGUUCCCCAGGCUCAGCUUUGAGAAGGCAUGCCCUUGCGUGGAGCGACGUUUGCGGGGGGACGGGGCGGGCCUCCCCCGCCGACUUCUUCCUCACGGAGAGGCCGAGGGACUUGACUGAACUGGGGCGUUCGGUUCGCACGCACUCGGAGCAGCGGCCGGACCCUCAGCCCGGGCGCUGCCCGGUCAGGAAGCGGGCCGCCUCCGCUCUCGUCCACGCGUCUCUCUUCGCGGACGCUGCUGCGCGGGGAACGCUUUGCCCAGAGAACGGUGCUGCUUUGAGUUCAGGGCCCGCUGGCUCGAUCGGCUUUGCGAGCCCCUGGGUGCAAGGACUCUGUCUCCCCGAAACACGCCGUCGCACCGGAGGGGCUGGCGGCACCCACCUGUCCCCUGGGUGGAGGCCAGAGCCCCCGGGCCGGCGGGGCGGGGCGAGGGGUGUGUACGUUCGCCAGCGUCUGACAGGAGGCCUUCUGGCAUGA